GUCCGCUAUUUCCGCCACCGACACCAUGUCAGAAUACUGGGCCGGCCGCUCAGCUCUUCUCUGCAGCAGGACCUUACCUGUUCCUCCAAGCCUCUGGUCAUCUCCUGUACUGUGUCUGCAGUCUCUGGUCAUCCCUGUACUGUGUCUGCAGUCUCUGGUCAUCUGCUGUACUAUGUCGCAGUCUCUGGUCAUCUGCUGUACUAUGUCCGCAGUCUCUGGUCAUCUCCUGUACUAUGUCCGCAGUCUCUGCUUAUCUCCUGUACUAUGUCCGCAGUCUCUGGUCAUCUCCUGUACUAUGUCCGCAGUCUCUGGUCAUCUCCUGUACUAUGUCCGCAGUCUCUGGUCAUCUCCUGUACUGUGUCCACAAUUUCUGGUCACCUCCUGUACUAUGUCUGCAGUCCACUGGUUCAGAAUAUUGUUUUUCUUGUUUUUCUCCUCUAAAACCUAGGUGCGUCUUAUGGUCA